AUGGCAGCAGCCAUGAUCAGUGAUCGGGGCUUACGGAAGAAGCUAACACAAGAAGCGAUACCAGAGAAAACGCCGAGGAAACCUUCCAAGCGGAAGUCGACACCCGGCAGUUCUAAAAGCGACAAAAAGAAUGAACAAAAUAAUAAUAAGCGACCGAAGGUACAAACGGGCGAUCCGAAGCUAGAUUUGUUCUCGACAUAUCAACCAUGGGUCAUACAGACUUAUGGGGAUUUGGCGAAGACUAAAACUAUCACGUUGAAAAAAUAUGCGCGAAUUCUACGUACGCUGCGCGGCGAGGAGUGCAACAGUUCUGACAGUUCAAAGUUUCGUUUUUGGGUGAAGGCAAAGGGUUUUUACGUGGGCAAGCCACCUGGAUACGAACCGAAGCCAGCCGACGGUAUUGUCUGCCGAUACAGUGUUGUGGACGCAGAAGGAUGUACCAGAGCUGCCGACGGCCAGGAGGUCUACAGCGGAUCACAAAACGAUCCUCCGCUGUACAUACCUACACCACCUCUAAAGGUAAACUUAUAUUUUUAUUAA